UCUGACCCUAUUUUCAGCAAAUGGCUUUUUCUUUUUCCUCUAUUGGUGUCUUCCUCUCUAGCUUCUCAAUUUGCUUCACUGUUCUUCUCUACUCUGCAUCUUUGGGAGCUGAAGCUCGUGGCCCACCCAUUAAACCCCUUUGUUCUCUAAUUAGCAAAGUGCUUUUUGAUUCCAUUUUCCUACAUAAAGAUGACAAUGCAUGCCCGGCCAAAAACUUCUACAGCUACGAGUCCUUCAUUCAGGCAUCAAAAGCCUUCCCUGGAUUUGGUACUACAGGUAGUUUAACCACGCGCCAGCGUGAGAUUGCUGCUUUUCUUGCCCAAAUUUCCCAUGAAACCACAGGUGGGUGGGCUACUGCCCCUGAUGGACCUUAUGCUUGGGGAUUGUGCUUCAAGGAAGAAGUUAAUCCUCAAAGUAACUACUGUGAUUCCACCAACAAAGAAUGGCCUUGUUAUCAGGGAAAAAGUUACAAAGGCAGAGGACCAAUUCAACUUUCUUGGAACUACAACUAUGGGCAAGCAGGGAAAGCCUUGGGAUUUGAUGGAUUGAGAAAUCCGGAUAUUGUGUCAAACAAUUCAUUGAUUGCAUUUAAAACAGGCCUUUGGUUUUGGAUGACAGAGCAAAAGCCAAAACCUUCUUGCCACAAUGUGAUGAUUGGAAAAUAUGUGCCAACAGAAGCUGACAUAGCAGCUAAUCGAACUUCGGGGUAUGGCCUGGUCACUAACAUAAUCAAUGGAGGACUUGAAUGUGGAAUUCCUGAUGAUGCCAGGGUGAAUGACCGGAUUGGAUACUUUGAAAGAUAUGCAAAGUUGUUUAACGUAGACACUGGACCUAACUUGGAUUGUGCAUAUCAGAAAUCCUUCUAAACUCGUCUUUAUUUUAAGUGUAUGUUUUCUUUUCUUUUAUUUUCUGUUCUCUGGCAAGGAUUCAACAAUGUACUCUGUUGGAUCGAGAUGUGCUCAAGAAAAUGUGGCAGCAAAAGUAGUGUGGAUCAAUUAUUCUGUACAAGGAGCAAUUAAUCAAAUGAAGAGCA